AGUUUGCCAGGGCGAAAUUGUUUGUGGAAGAGAAAAUGAAUGUCGGAGACGAGAACCUGCUGAAGUCCAUCAGCAGCGACACGCUCCUCGACCUGACGCAGCGCUACGGCCAGUCAGCCUUCGGGUUUGGCGCUGGCCAUGGUGCUGGAAGUCCCGGCCGGUACCCCCUCACACCGGCGGCCGACUUCCUCUCCGGGCAGACUGCGAAGUCGAACGAGAGCGGCGGGGAGCAAACGAGCGACGACGAGGACGGCUUUGACACACUGGAGUCCCGGAAGAGGGGUUCGGCGUUUGUGGACGACAAGCCUGGGGGGCCCUUGGCCAAGAAGCCUAAGGAGCAGCGGUCCCUGCGGCUCAGCAUCAACGCCCGGGAGAGGAGGAGGAUGCACGACCUGAACGAUGCUCUGGACGGCCUGCGCUCCGUUAUCCCCUACGCCCACAGCCCCUCGGUGAGAAAACUCUCCAAAAUAGCCACUCUCCUCCUGGCCAAGAACUAUAUCCUCAUGCAGGCUCAGGCUUUGGAGGAGAUGAGGCGGCUGGUGGCGUAUCUGAACCAGGGACAGACCAUAACUUCACCAAUCCCCACCGCCCUGGCGCCCUUUGGACAGGCUGCCGUCUACCCUUUCUCGGGUUCUGCACUCGCAACCUGUGCCGAAAAGUGCACUACUUAUUCCGGGACACCGUCGAGUCUCUUCAAACAUUGUAACGACAAGCCUUGAUUUGGUCUAAUUCUCCUACCUGAACUUUUACCUACUGCAUCUAUGUCGGUCUCUCUCUCCCACUCUAGUUAUUUUAAAACAUUCUCUGUGGAAAAAAAUAUUUUUAAUGCGUAAUUUUAAGCUAUGUUUAAAUAACUACUGCAAUGUUUCAUCCAAACGCAACAUAGAAAAUAAACUGUUUAGGCCUCCUUGCGGCAGUAUUAGUUUUGGAAACAAGUAAAGUCAAAAACAUUGUGUAACCACUGUCAGUUUCUCGCUCACUUUUUUCAAGAGACACUUAAGGCCAUGUCCAAUUUCUGAGUUUGAUAUUUGCUGAGUAAAUUUUAGAAAGGUUUAGAAUGUUAUCAUGUCUUAUUUGUAAACUAUGCAACAUUCAACAACAACACGUUAACUUGAAAUGCCAAGAAAUGCGAUCUAAUCUCGAUUUAUAGAUGCAGCAAUUAUGAAAGGAUUUCCCCUGACUGUACUGAUGCUAUGUGGGAAAAAUCAAAUGUGAUGUUGGCUGAUAUAUUUUUGAAAGGUGUAUCGACAAGUUUUUUUUUUUGUUUUUUUUUUUUUGUUCUUGCACACCUCACAUGAUUGUAUUGUACAACUGUGGAAAAAUACUUGCUCCAAGUCCGGCUAUUAUAAUGGUUACAUAACUGCAGCCUAUACACUGAAGAAGCAUUUUGGUUGUGUUGCAACAUGAAUUUCAUAUAUUGUUUAUAUGUCUUUAUAAUUAAAACACAUAUCUAUGCUUGGA